CUCCCUGGUGCUCCAAGGCCUCGUCACACUGUCACAGUCACCUGACUCGGUGAGCAGGGCAUAGUCAAGUGAAGCCGUGCUGGCCACCUGGUGCUGGGCAGUGGGGAACGCGGUGGCUUGACCUGGGCUGGGAGUCGGGACCUGGGGUGACGGCUCUAAAUGCCCUCAAAGUCCCCUCACGUGCCCCCAUCCCCUCAGUGCACCCACAGGCAAGGCCUGCCAGGAGGCUGCUGCAGGAAUUCCUGUGCCACCGCCCAUGCAGCCAGACAGGAGGCUGGUGCUUAAUGGCCAGAGCAUUUUGGCCUGGGUGGUCUUUCACCACUUCACAAGAAAGAAAUUCUGUGCUUCUUACAGGCAAGGAAAAUACUGGUCAUGCUGCCAGACUUGAUGGAGGCCCUGCAGAGCGCCCACAGCGACAACAAGAUGAAGGCCCUGCGCACGUUCAGAAACGUAAUAGGUCAUUUGAAGAAGAAGGCCAGCUCCAUCGCUCUGGAGCUGGCCGAGAAGCUCCUUCAACUCUUUGAUGAUGAGUGCAGCCAGACGCAAGAGCUCUCCAUCUGCCUCUUCAAAGAUGCAAUACAGAUGGCGGAUUGGAAGGACAAGCGGCAGAUGCAGAAGAAGGUGCGGAGGAGCCUGGUCCCACUCAUGUUGCACAUGAGUGACGAGAUCGAGAGCGUGGCCAAGGCCUCUCAGGAAGCCAUCUGUGCAGCUGCGAAGGUGCUCAAAUGGGAAUGGCUCAGUCACCACGUGCAGACACUGGAGAGAUGGCAAACUGUGCAGCGCUUGGUGAGGACAAGUCCCAGGCUGGACACGGGGUGCUCCUCUCACCUCCCCACCCUCAGGAUGUUGCAGGAGGCACAUCUGGGCCCUGGCAGUGGCACAGGGGGCUCUCAGGAGCUCCAGACCCUGCUCUGCCUGCAGCUGUCUCUGAACCUCAGCCCCACAGGGCUCCUGGCUGGGAGACACACAUGGCCUGAGGAACAAGGGGGAGGUGUGGGGUGCUGGUAG